ACCGCUGUGUCUGGGCUUUGCUGGCCUUAUGGAUGUGCCUGCUGGUCGCCAGGGCCACCAGUGAGUCCAUGAUCGAGGUGGACGAGAACGGCGAUGAGUACGAGCUGAAGCGAUUCUAUAUCCAGGGACGUCAGUUGACGGGAGAUGGCAGCCAGUCGCAGUGCGUGAUCACGAGGAGGAAGCGUUCGGGUCGUGCCCUCCAGUCUGGAGCAAGUGUAUCGGUUAGUUCGCAGCCCCUGAAGGUGGAUGGUCUGCCCAAGAAGGAGCAUCGUGAAGGAGGAGCCGUUCUGCAGGAGGUGGAGAAUAGUAACAAGCGUUAUGUGGCCCUGACGGGAGUGCAUCUGGAGUCUCCAAUUCCCAAUGCAGAUGUUCAGGGUGACGAAACUCAGGACGACGACGACGAAGAAGAUGAUGAUGAAGAAGAGGAUUCGAAUUCUCGGUACAACUUUGUGCCAGCUGCCUUGGCUUUACCCUUGGAAAUUCACACCAGUGGUGCCCAGUUCAUUCAGAAUGUCAAUGCUGCCUAUCUUAAUAAUGUCAAUGCUGCCUAUCUUAAUAAGAAUACCAGUUCUGCCCAUCCUAACAAGAAUGCCAGUGCUACUCAGCACGAUCAGAGGGCCAGUGCUGCCUAUCUCAACCAAGGAGUCAGUGUGGUCACCAAUUCCGCCAAUCAUGCCAAUGUGGCCGAGGAUGCUGGCAUUGUGGUGGUCCAGUCACACCAGCCACCCAAAGUUAAUCCCGAUACGCAUGCCGUCUUCGAGCUGAAACCCGUUCAAUCGGAUGCGGAUCACUCGGCGGGCGUUAGCUACUAUCCAUUUGUGCAUCCCUGGGAGGUGAUUGAUCACAACGACUACGAUGAGGAUGAUUACGACGAGGAGGACUACGAUGACUUCUACUAUGGUAAUGGCUACAUUAGGGACCAGCCCGGUGCUUUCCAUGGUCUUGACGCUUACGAAGAGGAGAUUAUCAGCGAGGAUCAGCCUGUUUCAACGAUUGCCAGUUGGACAACCGGCGAAGAUGAUAGCGACAUUCGUCCUGUCAACUACAUCAAGCGACCCAAUCGUAUCCAGAACAACAGGAACAAGAACAAGAACAAGAAGAACAAGAAUCAGAAUCAGAGGAUCAAGAACCAAAAGAAUCAGCAGAAGAAACGUAAUCAGCAGAAGAAACGCAAACAGGUGGCGGCUCAGGCAGAUGAAGAGCUCUCUACGCAGAAGAAGAAGCCCCAGCAGCAGGAUAAGGAUCCAAAGAAGAAGCAAGAUAAGGAUCAAAAGAAGAAGCAGGAUAAGGAUCAAAAGAAGAAGAAGCCCGAGGAGAAUCAGCAGGAUAUGGAGCAACUUUCCCCCGUGGAUGUGAUCAAGAAGCCAGUGGCAAUGGAUUCUGCAGCAGCAGUUGCUCCUGCCGCCUCUUCAAGUGGCAACAGUGCUUCCCUGAGCAAUUCUUCGGGCAGCAAUUCUACAGUUCAGAAGAAAAAGAAGAAGAAGCCCAGCAGUAGCAGCAGCGGCAGUAGUACUAGUGUCAACCAGCGCAGGACCAAGAAAAAGAAGAAGCAAUCUAGCAGCAGCGUUUCCAGCAGCAGCAACAACAAGCGUCGUCGUCCCAGCAGCAAUUCUUCUGGCUCAUCCAGUGGCUCCUCCAUUGGAGGCUACCGACGUCGUCGUCCGCAGCAGCAGCAGUUGCAGCAGUCGCAACGUCGCCGCAAAACGCAGCAGCAGACGCAGCAGCAGAAGCGCCGUCGCCAACAACAACAGCAGAGGAAACGCCAGCAGCAACAGAAACGCCGAAGAAUGCGCAACAAGAACCGGCAAUUCUACGGCGACGAGCCCAUCGUCAAUUGCAUUUACAUCAACAAGGAUCCGGUGACCACAACGACGCCUCGUCCCUUCUGGAACAUCCUGGGUCGCCAAUCCGAUGUGGAGCCCUCUGAAGAGCCCGAAGUGGACCCGGUGGCCCAGGAGGCUGUUCUUCAGGCCGUGCGUCGCAACUCUGGCGAAUUCGGCGCACGAAAGCGCACCAACUUGCGUUUCGUGUCCUAGAUGACCGGGGACUGCCCCUCCCAACCCUCUCUUUAAGUCACCAUUUUUUUUGCGUAUUUAUUUAUUAAUUUAUUGUAAUGACUAUUCCAUUUUUUUUUUG